AUGCUGCCAGCAGCACGAUACCUGCUACGACAACCUCGAGAGCUAUCGCUGUAAUGCCAAGAAAGAGCACUACAGCUACAGCUGGCACCAAGGCAGACCCUUCUGCAAAAAUGAUUCCUGGUGCAACCAGCACUCCUGCGAGUGUGAUUGCACCCUGGCACUGUGCCUGAAGAGAAACAUCAGGAACUACAGGAAACACUUCCAGUUCUAUCCAAAGCUCCGGUGCCGGCGAUAG